AUGAACUGGGCGUUCCUGCGGGAUGUGCUGAGCGGGGUCAACAAGUACUCCACGGCGCUGGGCCGCAUCUGGCUGUCUGUGGUCUUCAUCUUCCGCCUGCUGGUCUACGUGGUGGCGGCCGAGGAGGUGUGGGACGAUGAGCAGAAGGACUUCGUCUGCAACACCAAGCAGCCGGGCUGCCCCAAUGUCUGCUAUGACCAGUUCUUCCCCGUGUCCCACGUGCGCCUCUGGGCCCUGCAGCUCAUCCUGGUCACAUGCCCCUCACUCUUUGUGGUCAUGCACGUGGCCUACCGCCAGGAGCGGGAGCGGAAGCACCGCCGGAAGCACGGGCCCCACGCCCCGUCCCUGUAUGACAACCCGGACAAGAAGCGGGGCGGGCUCUGGUGGACCUACCUGCUGACCCUCCUCUUCAAGGCGGCCGUCGACGUGGGCUUCCUCUACGUCUUCCAUCGCCUCUACAAGGACUACGACAUGCCCCGGGUGGUGGCCUGCUCCGAGUCGCCCUGCCCCAACACCGUGGAUUGCUACAUCUCCCGGCCCACUGAGAAGAAGAUCUUCACCUACUUCAUGGUGGCCACAGCCAUCCUCUGCAUCCUCCUCAACCUCAGUGAGGUCUCCUACCUGGUGGGCAAGAGGUGCCUGGAGCUCCUUGGCCCCAGGCCCCGGGGGUCUCGGCGCCAGGCUCAUCUGCCGGAGGCAUGUCCACCAUAUGCCCUUUCCCCAGGGGAGCACCCCCAAGGUGGGAACUCUGUCCUAAUGAAGGCUGAAAUGACCACGAUUGAUGCAGGUGGGUUUCCAUAA